UGGGGCCGGGAGGGGACCGCGGAGGUCGCUUGUUCCUGCCGCCGGCCGCAGGCGGCCAUGGCCGGUGACUCAGCGGCUCCGGGGUGGGCCUACGGGGAAGGAAAGGCAAGGGGAGAGCCGUGACUGGGCACGGAGGCUGCUGCCUCAGCGCCUCCCCCGGUGAAGCUAACUGCGACGGAAAGAGAAAACGAAAGCUGGCAGGGAGGCGGUGGAAAUGUAAUCCCGGCGGUGAAGGGGACCGAGAGCUUUUCGAGGCCUCCUGUGGUCACUUCAGAGAUGUCCAGCAAGGUGCAGAGCCGGCCUGCUGAAAAUGGAGAGCAUCCCAGGAGCAAAAUGGAAAAUGGGACGGACGGUGCAGCUGCCCCCACCCUCAGCACAUACACACCAGAAGAGAUGGUACAGCAGAUGAAAGAACUGAUCACUGAGAACAACGAGUUAAAAGAAGCCAUGAAGUUGCAUAACCAAGCUAUGAAGGAGCGAUAUGAGGAACUUUCCAUCUGGCGAGAGAAGCAGAAAGAAGAACGAGAAUUUUACGAGACAAAGUUUAAAGAAGCAAAGCAGUGCUUGCAAGCCAAGUGCAUUGAAAAUGAACAGCUACAGCAACAGCUACAGAGCUUAAAGGAAAGAGAAGAAGGAGCUGAAAUGGAGGGCUGCGUGGCUCCUGAGAAGGAAGUGAGGCAGCUCAAGUCCCAGGUGCAGCGGCUCCAGGCUGAGAAGGCAGAUCUACUAGCCAUCAUUUCAGAACUGCAGGUCAAGCUGAACAUCUCAGCAGAGGACUCUUUCGUGGAGAUUGGGAUGAAUGAAGGAGAAGUAAACAGAGCUGCAAAAGAAAAUCAAGAUACUAGUGGUGAUUUGCCCAGUAACAUCGCUGUCUACAUCAGAGGCAAAUAUGUAGAUGAGUCCAAGAAUUUGGAAUCUGAGGAGCUAACUGUAAGCCAGCUGCUCUGCUGCCUUAGAAAUGAAACUCAGAAGAGGGAAAAACUUGAGAAGGAGCUGCAGGAUCACAAAGAGAGAAUUUCAAAGCUGGAGAAUGAAACAAGCAACUGCCUGGAGAAAGGGACACAAACUGACCAGGAAGAAGAGAGUUCAGAGGCUGUUGGCAGUGAAGUAGAAACCCUGAAUACGCAAGUUUGCGCUCUGUUUAAAGAGCUUCAGGAGGCCCACACGAAGUUAAAAGAAGCAGAAUUGAUUCAGAAGAAACUUCAAGAAAAGUGCCAAGUACUAGAAAGAAUGAACUCAGCUGCUGCAUCAGAAUUGGAGGAGAAGGAGCAGCUAAUAUACACCAUCAAGAAGCUGGAGCUGCAGGUGGAGAGCGUGCAGGCAGAGGUCAAGCUAGAACAAGCCAAGACACAGGAAGAAAAGACAAGAUACAGUAACUUGCAGGAUGCAUACAGCGAACUCCUUCCCGAACUCACUGAAGCAAUGAAAACAAUCAGUGAAAUGAAAAUCAAAGAGCUAGAUAGAGUGGAUAAAGCUGUGGUAGAAGAACUGAAUGCAAAGGUGUUGUUGGCAGAACAAGCCCUUGCUGCAAAGCAGCUCCAGAUGGAUGAAAUGAAGCAGGUAAUUACGAAGCAAGAAGAGGACCUUGAAACCAUGGCUGUGCUGCGUGCUCAGAUGGAGGUUUAUUGUUCUGAUUUCCAUGCUGAGCGGGCAGCAAGAGAGAAGAUCCAUGAGGAGAAGGAGCAGUUGGCUGUCCAGCUGGCAUACCUGCUAAAAGACCAGCAAAACCUUGAAGAUCUUGGCCGAAACUCUUUGGCAGAGAUGCAGAAUCGCCACGGAGCCAGGGCACCAGAACGGGAACAGUCACCUCGCCUUGUCCAAAGAGGAACUGGUAGUCAAGAAUGGCCAGAGCAGCGGAAUAUCUCAAUGUAUUCAUGUCCAAAAUGUGAAGAAAUUCUACCUGAUCUGGACACGCUGCAGAUUCACGUUAUGGACUGCAUUAAUUGAAUAAUGCCCUCCAAUUCUUCAUCUACUGGGAUUUCACCUGACGAACACACUUUUUUUUUCUUCUUUUUUUUUUUCUUUCUAUUGAAAUAAUGCUCAUCUCUACAUCCAGUGAAGGAGGUUUUCAGGGUUUUUCUCAUCCUGUGAGAAAACAGUAAAACUCCUGCCCUAUUCUGCACUCACUGAUCUUGUUGUAAUCUGCUUUAGGAAAAUAAUUUUUAUAGGUUAACAACAUGGGUGCAUUAAGAAACUCACAGAGCAUCUGCUGCAAUUAAAUCUUUAAGGAACAUUCCCCUGUUGUGCUCCACUCUUAUGGCUAGUCCACAGAACUGGGCUGAAUUACUGAAGUCAGAAGGGAGAUGGGAUAUAUGCUGAUCAGUUAAACUACUGUAAGCCUGUAAAUACUUCAUCUCCCAUAUUAUAUUAAUCAGGAAACUAAUAUAUUAAAAAGCUGUUUAAGAAGCUUCCAGUGCAACGAAGUAGUGUCAUAUUCAUCAAGCAUUUAAACAAACCCUGCUCUUUCUCCAGAUUGCAGUUUUAUUGCUACCCUCGUGACCAGACUAAUCUGAUGCUAUAUUUUUGAUGGGUUAUGUAACUUCUUGCUUUAGCCAGAUGUGGGUAAGGUUUAAGACAGAUCAUUAAGGUCUGAUAUAUGUAGCUCCUGGUGUACCCAAGUCACUGGGUUUUAUAGAACUUUAUUUUUAAGGUGUUGUCUUGAUUAUUCUUUAUUGUAAUAAAUGUAUUUGAAUCUGUACAGUAUUGUGCUAGAAAAUCUGAAAUGGAUGUAACCUAACUUAAAGAGAGGAGUAUAAUGGAUUUUCCCAUCUCAAAAUAAAUCUAUUGCAAGUAUAAAAUUA